AUGGGUCCAGCGGCAAUCUCCGACGAAUUGAGCGAAUCAUUAAUUAUCGCUACCAUCAUAAUCGCAUGGCAGCGGUGGGCUCGACAUAAGGAGCUCGUGUCGAGAUCGCGUUUGGUACUGACUCUCCGAGAAAAAAUUACAGACCUUGUGGAGAGCCUCAAAGCUCUCGGCUAUCCGAGGCUCGUGCCGAUGGAUUCGUUCAGGAAACCGAGCUUCCGUCUGAUGGCUGACAUCCUUGAAUUCCUGAUGACGCGAAUCGAUCCUGAGUUGAAUCUCCCACCUGAUGUUGACCAGGAGCAGGAUCGAAUUUAUUUCGUGAAAAUCAUCGCUGAAACUAUGAUUCUGAAGGCGAAUUUGAAACUCAGCACGAAAAGGCUCUAUGGAGCGGACGGGUAUGCUGUCAGGGAAAUGCUCAAACUUGUGGAACUCCUGAAAGAGACACUGCAAGCAAACCGCUCCGAGACCGGCAAUCUGGACGAAGACGAAAAUGAAGAAGAAUCAUACGAUUCCUACGCCAUCUCGUCGAAGUUUUCAGAGCUUCGGAAAGCUCGUCAGCUGGCUAGCGAGCUGACAAACGAAGGCGUGCUGCUAUUCGAUUUAUUGGGGAAAGAGGUGGCAUUGAAAAAAGUCAGGAACGAUGCUCUGUCUCGACACCUCGAAAUAUCGCAGGUGGAACGAUGUCUCGGUCAAGUUAUUGAUGCCGUCAAGAGUGAAGUUGGGAAGACCCGAACCCUCAUUGAGAAUGUACACGAAGACGAGGCGAACUUGGGACAGAAAAUUGAAAAGAGAAAACAGGAGCUGGAAAGAAGUCAGAACAGACUGCAGACCCUCCGGGCCGUGCGGCCAGCUUAUAUGGACGAGUAUGAGAUCCUCGAGGACGAACUAAAAGGAGUUUACGAGGAAUAUAUCCGAAAAUAUCGUUGUUUAGCUUAUUUGGAGCAGCAACUCGAAGAACUCGAACGGCAGGAGAACGAAGAGAGAGCGGAGCGUGAGGAGCAAGUGAGGCGAAUCGUUGCGAAAAUGCGACAGAGUGAGAUCGAGAGUGAACUCGGGGAGGACGAGUCUGAAAUUCCCGACGACGCUGCUGCGACAAAAUCAAGAACUCGUCGCGAUCCUACGGGUCGUCAGCGCGUCUUCGGUUCGAUGAGCGCCCCGCUGAAGGACUCUGACUCAGAUUUGGACUUCGGUGAUGACAAUGGAUCAAAUUCAUCCGAUGACGUCGACCUCGCAGCUUUCGGCGCGGUCAAGCCCCCGUCGAAACAGCAGCCGGCGAAUGACGACACCGACAACGAUUUCUGA